CAUACUCUCGUUCCCUCGCUCACUCUCUCGCUCGGAUCUCGUUUCUCUCUCUGGCGAGAGAGAUGGCGAAGGCGCGCAAGCCCAAGAACAACGACGAUGCGAAGCUCGAUCAUCCCGGCGCCGUCGUCCGCCACCAGAAGCUCUGCCUCUCCGUCGACCUCCCUAACCGGAGAAUCUACGGGUAUACGGAGCUAGAAAUUGCAGUUCCAGAUAUUGGAAUAGUGGGAUUACAUGCUGAAAAUCUGGGGAUCUCUAGUGUUUUGGUUGAUGGAGAGCCUUCUGAGUAUGAAUACUAUCCCCACUAUCAGAAUUUAGAUAACGAGAGAAGAUGGAGCUCUGUCAUGUCUCCUGCUUCUGCUGCUGGUGUUGCUGGGUCUUUGUAUCUAUCAGCUCUGGAUAGGGAAUUGGUCCCAAACUUAUUAAUUAAUUGCUGUAAGGGUUUCAAGGUGGAAAAUGAAUCGCAGGAUCAAUUGGUGGUAGAGAAUGCUUCACAGUCAUCUGGCGAGGUCAAGCAGAAUGUAAAGCUGGUGCGCAUUGAGUAUUGGGUGGACAAAGCAGAGACAGGCAUUCAUUUUGAGGAUAAUAUUCUUCACACCGAUAAUCAGAUCAGGCGGGCUCGUUGUUGGUUUCCCUGUAUGGAUGAGAACUCACAGCAAUGCUGCUAUGAUUUGGAAUUCACAGUGGCCCAUGAUCUUGUUGCUGUCAGCACUGGGAAAUUGCUAUAUCAGGUUUUGAGCAAGGAUGAUCCUCCUCGCAAGACUUAUGUAUACAGGUUAGAUGUUCCAGUUAGUGCUUGGUGGAUAUCCUUGGUGGUUGGGCCACUUGAAAUCUUUCCAGACCCCCAGAAUUGUCUGAUAUCACACAUGUGUUUGCCUGCUUAUAAGUCCAAGCUACAAAAUACCGUGGGAUUCUUUUAUAGUGCUUUCAGCAGCCAUUACGAGGAAUACCUUGGAGCGAAAUUUCCAUUUGGAUCAUACAAGCAAAUUUUUAUUGCACCUGAGAUGACAGUGUCAUCAUCGAGCUUAGGGGCCUCAAUGAGCAUAUUUAGUUCCCAAGUUUUACAUGAUGAGAAUAUUAUCGACAAGACCAUUGACACAAGGAUUAGACUAGCUUAUGCCCUUGCAAGACAGUGGUUUGGUGUAUAUAUCAUCCCAUCCGGCCCGGAUGAUGAAUGGUUGUUGGAUGGUCUUGCCGGUUUUCUUACUGAUUCCUAUAUCAAGAAAUAUUUGGGAAACAAUGAGGCUCGCUAUCGGAGGUUCAAGGCAAAUUGUGCAGUUUGCAAAGCAGAUGAUGGUGGUGCAACUACUUUAAGCUCCUCUGGUUCUUGUAAGGAUCUGUACGGGACUCAGUCUCUUGGUUUAUAUGGCAAGAUAAGAUCAUGGAAGUCUGUCGCAGUCCUCCAGAUGUUGGAAAAGCAGAUGGGACCUGAAUCUUUCUGUAAAAUGUUGCAGACUAUUGUUGCUCGUGGUCUAGAUGCAACCCAGCCUUCAAGAACUUUGAGCACGAAAGAGUUCAGACAUUUUGCUAAUAAGGUUGGAAAUCUAGAGCGGCCUUUUCUUAAAGAGUUUUUUCCCAGAUGGGUGGGAUCAUGUGGGUGUCCAGUGCUAAGGAUGGGGUUUUCCUAUAACAAGCGGAAGAAUAUGGUCGAGUUGGCAGUUUUGAGGAGUUGUACAGCUAAACCUGAUGUAGAGCCCCCUAACACUAAUGCUGAUUCUGAAGCUCGAGAAGCUGAGGUAGGAUGGCCUGGUAUGAUGAGUAUCAGGGUUAACGAACUGGAUGGUAUGUAUGACCAUCCCAUUCUUCCAAUGGCUGGGGACAGCUGGCAGUUGUUGGAAAUUCAAUGCCAUUCGAAACUCGCCGCACGACGUUUCCUGAAGCCUAAAAAGGGUUCAAGAGCUGAUGGAUCAGAUGAUAAUGGUGAUGCAGCAGUAGAUGCUCGUUCUAGUUCUGAAUCUCCCCUACUAUGGAUUAGGGCAGAUCCAGAGAUGGAGUAUAUUGCUGAAAUUCAUUUCAAUCAACCUGUGCAAAUGUGGGUCAAUCAGUUGGAGAAAGACAAGGAUGUUGUUGCUCAAGCACAGGCCAUUGCAACUUUAGAAGCGCUACCGGAGUGUUCUUUUGCUAUUGUAAAUGCUCUAAAUAACUUCCUAUGUGACUCCAAGGUCUUCUGGAGAGUUCGAAUUGAGGCAGCUUUUGCUUUGGCUACUACAGCAUCGGAGGACACUGACUGGGCUGGUCUACUUCAUUUAGUGAAGUUUUACAAAGGCCGAAGGUUUGAUGCCAAUAUUGGGCUUCCCAAGCCAAAUGACUUCCGCGAUAUUCCCGAGUACUUUGUUCUUGAGGCGAUUCCACAUGCUGUGGCCAUGGUUAGAGGUGCAGAUGGAAAAAGUCCAAGAGAAGCUGUCGAAUUUGUUUUGCAACUUCUGAAGUAUAAUGACAACAAUGGCAACAUUUAUUCCGAUGUGUUCUGGCUUGCAACGUUGGUCCAAUCAAUUGGCGAGCUUGAAUUUGGGCAACAGACUAUUCUCCUCUUAUCAUCACUCCUCAAGCGCAUUGACCGGCUUUUGCAAUUUGACAGGCUCAUGCCUAGCUACAAUGGGAUCUUGACCGUCAGCUGCAUCCGGACAUUGACACAGAUAGCUCUGAAAUUCUCUGUAUUGAUCCCUCUUGAUCGAAUCUGCAAUCUAAUUAAGCCUUUCAGGAAUCUAAAGUCAUUGUGGCAAGUGAGAGUUGAAGCAAGCAGGGCUCUUCUUGAUCUUGAGUUCCAGUACAAAGGCCUUAAUGCAGCACUGUCACUGUUUAUUGAAUUUUUAGAGGAAGAACCAUCCUUAAGAGGUCAGACCAAAUUAGGCAUGCAUGCUAUGCGGUUGUGUCAGAUGAGGGGGCCAACUGAUUCAGCUGAUGACAUUCAAAGCAUAACGCUUGUGGCUUUCCUGCGUAUGCUUGAAGGUCGUAUGGCUUUUAACAAUGUCUUUCUUCGCCACUACUUGUUCUGCAUUUUACAAAUCUUUGCAGGAAGACCCCCAACACUUUAUGGAGUCCCCAGGGAUAAAACAUUUCAUACUGGUGAUCCUGAGGCUCGUAGCGAACAAGAGAAUAUUGUUCUGAGUUUUGCCGCUGAAGCAGAGCCUCUAGAAACUCCUGUCAACAUCACCAACCAGUCACCUGAAGAUGUGGCCAUCAUAGAAGUUCCGAAGGAGGCAGAUAGCAUUUCAAGUAGUCAUGAACUGAAGAAACCGGUUGUUAAGAUCAAAGUUAAACACUCGACUGCCACCAGUAAAGGAGACGAAAUGGGAAAUCAGUCUGCUGCCGAAAAAUCUCAAGGCAAGAAUAACGGACCAGAUCGUGCAGCUAGCAGUUCAGUGUCAGUGGAUGCACCUCAAAGGAAUUUCACUGAAGCUGUUAGCAUAAGCAAUCAUAAUCUUGAAGAGGUUAAUUCAUGUCAAAAUCCUGGUUCCCGUGUGACUGCUAGCAUUGGCAGUGCUAAGCUUGCUUGCGAGGGCGAUGAUCUGGGGAAGGAACUCCAAUGCACUGCCGAUUCGGGUAAUGUGUUGGUGCACCCUCGGCUCCUUGGAGACAGUGAUCUAGGUGCCGAUGCACUCAAGUAUGCAAGUCUCCGAAGUCUUUCAGCAGCUACAGUAAAUGACAGUUCGUUGGCCUUAGGUGACUCUCCUCAUAGGAAAGAAAAGAAGGCGAAGAGCGACAAGGACAAGAAACGGAAGCGAGAAGACCGUAAAGGACACAAGGAAGACUCGGAGUACUUGGAGCGUAAGCGCUUGAAGAAGGAGAAAAAACGGAAAGAGAAGGAAUUAGCGAAGCUCUUGAAUAAUGAGCCUUCAAAGACUUCGAUGGAGUUGCCAAGUAGAAGCAAAGGUCCUGGAGUCAAGGAACCUGAGUUCAAAUCGGUGACUCUGCAAGCAAAGACAAACGAGGUGGGCAGCUCCAACAUGUUAGUUACGAAGGUUGAGGCCAGGGCUGAGACAUCGGAGGCCAGCAAUGCUCCAAGAUUUCGAAUUAAAAUAAAGAACAAACCGCUAAACAGAUGAUGAAAGAGGUUUUUCCCCUUUUGAUCUCAAUGUGCUAGGAUAGCAUUAUAUAGUUGAAACGAUCGUGUUUGGCGGUGUGUAGAAUAUUAUACGUACGAGCUAUUGCUUAGAAUGAUCCAGUCAGUCU